GUCAUCACUUAUUUGUCUAUCGAGUAAAAAUUGUCGUGGCUGCGUGGAAAAAUUGUAUAUUUUCAUUAAUACUUUUCUGUAGAUAUACACAAUGUUCAAGAUUAAAUAAGCCUCAAUUUUUGUAAAGCAACAGGCAUAGAACGAAUUAUAUUAUCCACAACGAUUCUUUGGCUCGCCAGUUGUAUUGUUAAAGAGGAAGUGUGCUUGUGUGUGUUACUUCUACUGCGGGUAUUUCCCUGGCUGAGAAGAAAAUCGUAAGCAGUUCAUAAAAGAUUCUAUAAAAAAUGACGUUACCCGGAAAUGGAAUCUUCGUGGUGCGCGAACAGAUGUCCACGCUUAUGACGGCGAUGCGCCGUGGCACCCGUUGGAACUCCGCCGCUUACGUGGAUGAAGAAAAGGAUGGCUUGAUGAAAAUGUUCGUUAAUCUUAAAGAAAUCUUGAAAAAUGUGGAAGAUUUAAGACUAAUAGAGCCCAAUAUAUUUCUGGCGCCAUUCUUGGAAGUAAUACGUACCGACGAGACUACGGGGGCUGUCACUAGUCUGGCGCUAGAGGCGAUCAACGAAUUUCUUUCAUCCGGCUUAAUCGAUCCCACCUCAAACAAUCUCGCUGUAACUGUAGAGAAUAUCGUUGAUGCCGUCACGCAUGCACGCUUUAUGGGAACCGAUCAGUCUUCAGAUGGUGUUACACUCUUUUGUGUCGUUGAAGUGUUGCACACACUUAUGCGUUCACCCGAAGGUUCGGUGCUGAGUAACGAGGCAGUGUGCGAAGUAAUGCUCAGUUGCUUUAAAAUUUGCUUUGAACCGCGACUCAAUGAACUUUUGCGACGCUAUGCUAAAAAAGCGCUCAAAGAUAUGGUUUAUCUACUCUUCAUGCGCCUACCACAAUUUUCCGAAGAUCGUAAUACCGCAAAUGUAUUGCGCAAAUUCCAAAUGAUAGCCACCUCAAUGGAUCAGAACAAAAACAAACAACGCAAGAAAAUAUCCAAAAGUGGUCAGCCGUCAACAGCUGCCAAUACGUUAUCAAGAAGUGGUAGUGAAAAUGCAAAACCCGAGUCGGAACGUAAACUAUCAGCCACUGCUGCGAUAGAUCCACAAACUCCACAUUUACAGGUGCCACACACGAAAGCGCUACCCUUAGCCACAACGCCAGCAACACCGGCGGGCAAUAUACUCGAUAUGCAGGGAAAAAUUACACAAACGCCAACAACAACACAAGGCAUUGUUGAAGCUGAUGGCGCAACAACAACAACAGAGCCAUCUAUAAAUGUCGAGCAUUGCGAAGAGCAUGUAGACGUCGUUGAAGGCGCUGCACAAACACAACCGUUAAAUGGUGCUGUACAGCCGGCCGCUGAUGCUGGCGCUAGCUUAACAUCAACAACGCUGGUAGAAGGUGAAGAGAACUGCUUGCAGUCGAAUAGUGGUGGCAGCAGUGAGUAUAUAAAUUCAGUUGGUGUGCGUUUUACACAACAAAAUUCGCUUGAUGGCUCGGAGGGCACGGCAUCGCUGCUGCCUUAUGGCUUGCCUUGCAUACAGGAACUAUUCCGUUUCCUCAUAUUGCUGUGCAAUCCAUUGGACAAACAAAAUACCGACACCAUGAUACAUAUGGGUUUGAGUUUGCUUACCGUGGCAUUUAAAGUGGGCGCCGAUAACAUCGGCAAAUACGAUACGUUGCUGGAGUUGGUGAAGGAUGACCUGUGCCGAAAUCUUUUCGCUUUAAUGAACUCCGAGCGUCUCACAAUAUUUGCCGCCGAUUUACAACUCUGCUUUCUGCUCUUCGAAUCGCUACGUGGCCACUUGAAAUUCCAGCUGGAAGCUUAUCUCAAGCGUCUAUCCGAGAUUAUUGCGAGCGAUAGCCCAAAAACGCCUUAUGAAAUGCGUGAGCUGGCACUCGACAAUCUGCUACAAUUGUGGCGCAUACCAGGCUUCGUCUCCGAACUCUAUAUAAAUUACGAUUGCGAUUUAUACUGCACCGAUCUGUUUGAGGGUCUGGUUAACUUGCUCUCCAAAUACACACUGUCCGCUACAAAUGCUGUCUACAGCACACACAUCAUCUCGCUGGACACGCUGUCAUCGGUUAUCGAGAAUAUUGAGAAAAAUUGCAUAGCCUCAAAGCUGGUCAAUAACGAAGAUGGCAGCACAGGCGCAGUAACAACUACCGGUCGCCACUCACGUCAUAAUUCCGAGCUGGAGGGCAUAAUUAUCGAUAGCAACAAUGAAGACAACAAAUCGGUUGUGGAGAAUAUCUCCAAAUUCAUUAAUAGCUCAUCACGUCUACGCCUCGGCGCCGGUGGAGUAGCUAAUGCCGGCUUGACACGUGAAUACCUGGCUAAUGUCAAGCAGAAGAAGCGUGUGCUCACACAGGGCACCGAGUUGUUCAAUCAACGUCCCGAUAAGGGCAUACUAUAUUUACAGGAACACGGCAUACUAAGCGCGCAACUGGAUCCCAUGGAGGUGGCCCUGUUCUUGCGCGAAAAUCCCGGUUUAGACAAAAAGAUGAUUGGCGAGUACAUCUCGAAGAAGAAGAAUGUGGAUUCAAAGAUUUUGAUGAAUUUCGUCGACUCCUUCGAUUUUGCCGGCUUGCGCGUGGAUCAAGCGUUGCGUUUGUACUUGGAGACUUUCCGUUUGCCGGGCGAGGCGCCGCUUAUCUUUCUCGUACUCGAACAUUUUGCCGAUCACUGGCAUAAACAAAAUAAUGCGCCAUUCGCCAAUACGGAUGCUGCUUUUAGCUUAGCUUAUGCCAUUAUUAUGUUGAAUAUGGAUCAGCAUAAUUUGAAUGCAAAGCGUUUGAAUGUGCCCAUGACACAGGAGGACUUUCUCAAGAAUCUGCGUGGCUUGAAUGGUGGUGUGGACUUUGAUCAGGAGAUGCUUUCGAACGUCUUCAAUGCAAUCAAAAAUGAAGAAAUUGUCAUGCCCGCUGAGCAAACGGGUCUGGUGCGUGAGAACUACUUGUGGAAGGUGCUAUUGCGUCGUGGUGUGGGCCCAGAUGGCGGCUAUAAAUAUGUGCAAGAUGCUGCCUACGAUUUGGAGGUGUUCAAUUUGUUAUGGGGUGCUUCGUUGAGUGCCCUCAGCUUUAUGUUUGACAAGAGCUCCGAAAAUGGUUAUCAACGCAUACUGAGUGGCUUCACCAAAUGCGCUGGCAUUGCCGCUCAUUACAAUCUGCACGCCAAUUUCGAUGCGCUCAUACUCACCCUUUGCAAAUUCACCACACUUUCGAAUUUGUCACAACCGGAGGCGCCCACCGUCGCCAAUAACGAGCUCACCCAAUCGGUUAGUUUCGGCUUCAAUGCAAAAGCGCAGGCGGCCAUGCGUACAGUCUUCGCUUUGGUGCACGAUUAUGGCGAUUGCUUGCGCGAAGGUUGGAAGCACAUACUCGAAUUAUUCCUGCAAUUAUUCCGUUUGAAAUUACUGCCGAAAUCACUUAUCGAAGUGGAGGACUUCUGCGAGGAGAGCGGCAAAACACAACUGAAGCUGGAGAAACCAAGCCAGAAGCAAGAGGCCGGCCUCUUCUCCAGCCUCUACUCGUAUCUCUCCUCGGAGGGGCAACGCGAACCGACCUACGAAGAGCAAGAGUUCAUCAAAUUGGGCAAGAAAUGCAUCAAAGAAUGUCAAUUAGAUCAAAUGAUACAAGAAUCGAAAUUCGUGCAGUUGGAAUCGCUACAAGAAUUGCUGCGCAACAUCUUGGCGCUUAUCAAGCCACCGACAGCGCCCAAGUACGACGACGGCGGCGCACCGUACGCCGAGGAUGUUGUUGUCUUCUGGAUGGAGUUGCUCGUGAAAAUUGUCAUACAGAAUCGUGAUCGCAUGGUGCAUUUGUGGCCGGAUGUGCGCGACCGCAUCUAUUUGCUGCUGAUCGGUGCCACCACCUUCAACUAUGAAUAUUUGCUCAAUCGCAGCAUUGUGGCUGUGCUUAAGUUGGCCAUUUACUUGAUGCGCAACGAAGAACUCUGCCCGAUUGUGUUGCAAUCACUCAAAAUGCUGCUCACGCUGAAAUCUCCCGUUAUUUUGCGUAUUUCACGACAAAUCUCCACCGGCGUUUACGAGCUGCUCAAGACGUCAGCGCAAAAUAUACACUCCGAACAGGAUUGGCAAAUAAUUUUCACGAUAUUGGAAUGUGUCGGCGCUGGCGCUGUGCCACCCGAGUAUGUGGACAUUAUAUUGCCGCAGCUGGCGCUUGAGUUGGGCGGCGGUGCCAAUUCCGAGGGCACUUUGAGCAGCGAAGAGGACUCGGGUUUGCCCGAUCGUGGCUAUAUAUCGGAUACAGAUGCGAGCCUCAAAUCGCAGCAACAGCCAGCCCAACAACAAAGCAAACAACAGCAACAGCAAGUACAUUCGAACACAAGCAGUCCGUAUCCGUCGAGUCCGACAGCCGAGAAUUGGAUUUUGGUGAAUAAGGAUAGUGAUUUGUCGACGCAAUCGCGUCCACAAUCACCGCCCACGGCGUAUGCGGCGAAUUCGUCUGCAGUCGCACCCACAGUCACACCGCUCAUCUACAAUUGCAAACUGGGCGAACACUCGCCCAUCGCACUCUUCAAAUGCUGGGACUCGUUGGCGUUCAUCGUGCGCAAUGUCGCCCACAUUACACCCUACAACUUCGAGUCGUGCGUGCGUUGCAUACGCACCUUCGUCGAGUGCUGUCGCGACGGUGGCAUAACACAACGUCGCAAAUUCGCCGCCGAGCUCUCGGCAAGACAGACGGCCAACACAACGGCUGCGCAACGUCGCAAAGCGGCCGGCAAGCGUAAUGAACGCGAUGCGCAGCGUAAAUCCAAUGCGGCGGCUGACUACUAUGCGCAUGAGCAACGUGGCGGCGACGCUAAGGAGGAGGACUUGCGUCAACGCUACGAAACACUCUCCAUACAACUGAUCGACCUCAUGUACACGCUGUAUACGCGCACGGCGCAAAUCUUUCGCUGGUGGGCCGAGGAGGAGUGCGCAGUGCCGCAGUGCUCGGCGCUGUGGGCGCAAGGCUGGUGUCCACUGUUGCAGGGCAUUGCACGGCUCGCCAUGGAUCGGCGUCGUGAGGUGCGCACCUACGCCAUAUCGUGUCUGCAGCAGCGCGCGCUGCUGGUGCACGAUUUGCAGACGUUGUCGGGCGCGGAAUGGGCGUCGUGCUUCCAACAGGUUUUAUUUCCGCUACUCAACGAAUUGUUGCCGGAAAGCGCUUCGGUGGCGCAUUUGGAAAUCGUGCUGUUGGAGGAGUCGCGCAUACGCACGGCUACCAUUAUGUCGAAGGUGUUCUUGCAUCAUCUAACACCGUUAAUUGAAUUGGGCACGGCCUUCAACGAGCUGUGGAUCGAUAUAUUGGAUUAUAUUGAGAGAUUCAUGAAAGUCGGCUCCGAUAUGCUGUCCGAACAGAUGCAGGAGAUACUGAAGAAUAUGUUGUUGGUGAUGCAUUCGGUGCGCGUCUUCCACAAUGAUGACGGCACGCUGCAGUUGCCGCUGUGGGACUUAACGUGGCAGCGCAUAGGCGAAUUUCUGCCCAACAUCAAGGAGGAGCUCUUUCACGAUGAAGAUAAGCGCGCUCAAGUGAUGUCUGUGACCAAUGCAGCAUCCGCAGCAUCCGAAACGGCCAGCGCACCAAACAGCAUUUCAGCAAUAAAACCAGCAGACACGCCACCGGUGCUGUUGCCGCCCACACCGCUGGUGCUGCCAGUCACCACAACAGCUUCGCAUGUCUCCACAGGUGCAGUGGAAGCCACUUACGCGCAACGACCACACUCCGCCGAGCAAUUAAGCAGCGUGCAGCGUCACACUUUGGGGGCCGCCUCACCACGUCACUCAUUGGCCGCUUCGCCGAUCACAACCAAUCCGCUAUUGUUGUUGGAUGACACGCCACUGCUGGUGCGUCCAGUGCCCAGCAUUGUGCCACAAAGCGUGUCGGAGACAGCUUUGCCCGCCGCAGCUGGCGUCACUGCGCCAGCCAGUUUACCUGAUUUAGUGCAUGACACAGCACAGUUGUCGUUGGUGAGCGCACCAACAGCCGUGGAACAAACGCAGCAUGCAACGAACACGUCAGCACCGGCAGCACCGGCAACACAGCCGCAACCGGCGAUUGUUGUCAAUAACACGACGCAAAAUAAUAUCUACAGCAGUUAUUCGUACGCUAUUGAGUUGCCGGAAACGCCACCAGCGGCCGCCGAGGCGAACACGCAAUUGUUGCAACAACAACAACAAGAGAGUCAUGAGCCGCAAUUGCAACAGCAACAGCAGUAUGCGGAUUACAUUGCUGCUCAGGCAGCGGCCACGCAGCGGCAGUACCAACAAUUCUUGCUACAACAACAACAACAACAACACGCUUUGUACAAUCAAUAUGCGCUUGAUGGACAGCAGCCCAGCGCCUUACACCCAGCAACUGUACAGGCGCACGCGCAACAACAACAACAACAGCAGGCCGCUGUAGAUGCGCCGAUGUCCGAAAAUGUGCCAAUGCCCAUCCAACAACAUCCCUCCUACACCAGUGCUCCCUACAUCGCCAUGCAAAGCAGCAGGCAAACGCACCAACAACUACAACAAACACAAUUACUACAACAACAAACCAAUCCUGCCAUCGUCUCCAGCUACGCAGCGAAUAUUGCUAUGCAAUACCCGACGCUGCAGCAACAACAAAGUGGCGAAAACGACAUCUAUCAAGAGUAUCUGAAAAAUCCUUAUAACUUAUCAACACCGACCACUGGUCGCCUCCCGGAGCUGACAGCAGCACCAACAGCGUUGACAAAUGUCUUCGCUUCACCAGCGAGCUACUUUAAUGCCAGCGUAGAUCCCAGCUCAAUACCGCCUGGCUCGGAAAUGCUCUAUGGCCAGCCAUAGGUUGCGUCUAACAGUUAAUUACAGUUAACGUAUUACAUAUAUACAUAUACAAGCAUAUAUAAAUAAGUAACAAACGUCAUUACAUACACAGUGCAACAGUGUUGUGCAAAAUAUAGCGCGUGUGUGUGGUUGCAAAAUGCAAAGUGAAACAUCUUUUAUAAUGAAAAGUUGUUGGAAAUGCAAAAAUUUUAAUUAAAAAUUUCCCGUUAUUUUUUAAGCCUAAGAAAAGUAGAAGUGUAGCCUAAAAGGAUUGUGGUUGGUUAUGGUUUGUGUUAUGAAAAAAAAAGAAUUAAAAGCAUUGUUGCAAUUGCAUAGCGAAUGUGUGCAAAAAAAUAUUUUUGACAAAUGCGCUAUAUAAAAAUAAUGAUACUAUUUCUAUUCAGUGUCAAAAG